AUGAUAGUGUGGCCUCUUCUUAAUUUGAACUUUGCCUGUGAAAAGUGCCAGACUGGUCACCGCAAUGGCAGCUGUGCGCACACUGACCGAAAGCUCUUGGAAAUACGUUCGAAAGGACGACCCACUUCUCAGUGCUCUCACUGUCGAGCACGACGAAAAGAAGGCGUGGGUCACUCGCAUCAUCGAUGUAUGUGUGGAGAUGGGUCUACCAUACUGAGAAAGAAGGUGCAAGUUCAUUUUGAUCCCAAUGUCAUUCUUGUGUUCACUCCGGAGCGAAGUAAUGUAGAUGCUUUGCGAAAGCAGCUCGAAGACACACCAAAGAGCACGUUGCUGAUAAGAAGAAAGGCAAAGGGUGGUAAAGGAACUGGCGGUGAGGGUUCAGAAGCGGACGCUCUUGAGAUAAGUUAUACCCAUGUAGACGUCAUUGAAGAGUCGGUGAAUUUGGAUUUGAAGAAGAUGAUGGAGAAUCCGUGUACCUGCCAAUUUGGUGGUACUUGCAUUUGUUCAGAACUUCCGCCAUCAAAGUCAUGCGGCAGCGUAAAAGCAAAGAAAUUCACCGCAUCAAACUCUGCACAGCGUCCUGGCCUGGCAUCAUCCGCCCUUCUUGCCAACAUUGCUGCGUAUCCACGACCUAUCGAGAUCGGUCCUCCCCCAACAUCAUCACCCUUUCCGUACGCAGCUGGAAUUGCCAUUCCAGCUCUUCCACCGAUGAUGGGACAUCAGCCCAUCCUUCCAAUGCCUCAUCCUGGACAAUUGGGGCCACUAGUACCUCCUAUAGGAGGUGCCUCAACAGCCGUCAUGAACCAACGUGUACCCACCCUCCUACCCAGCGGACUUUCCAUGCCAACAAAUCCAUCAUUUGCUGGCGCAAUGAAAUCUAACCAGCAAUUUACGGAUACAGGAGGACACGAUCCUGAGCUUCUUUCCGCGUUAUUCGCCCUGCAACAGGGCGGUGCUGUCGUAUCAAUUCUCCAAUGCUGGAGACCCAAAGCUCAUCCAGCUGUUGUACUGGGAGGCGCAAUACUCAAGACAUAUGGGCUUCCGCUCCCAAAAGCUGUUGUGGCGGGAUUUCAGAAUCAAAACCUGUCAGAGGUGGAUGCUGUGGCAGCGUGGCACCACCACCGCGGAAUGCUACUCGCUGUGGAUGUCAGGGUAAUAGUGUCCCGUCAGGAGGAUGCUGCGGUGGAGGGUCACCGAUCCCAGUGCAAAACGGCUGCUGCGGCACUUCAAGUGGAAAAUCGGCAAGCGGAUGUUGUGGAAGCACCUGUGGUGGGUCAUCAUUGGCUCCAAGCAGAGGCAGCUCUUGCUGUGGUACAUCAAGCAGUUGUGGAUGCUCGGGGGGUGGUUGUGGAUGCUCAGGUGGAGGAUGUGGGAGUACAUCCGGGAGCCCUUACGAGUCGAGAAGCGAUCUGGAUGCCAAGGACCCAGCGGAACCACAUUCACCAACUUGCGAAUGUGGAUGCCAUCAAGACAGAAAGGACUGCGAAGACUGUGCCGCAGAUCUAUGCUCCGUCCACCUGA